UUCCCCGUCGAGGAGUUAUUUUUUGCAUCCUUGACCAAUAAGGUCACAUAUUUCUGUUUAUUAUGACCUUUGGUGUUCAAUCCACACUCUUUUGUGAUGCGAAAAGGCUUGAUUCAUGGCCACUGGCUGGGCCUGGACGUUUAAAAUGAGAACCUCAUCCCUCCAUCGCGCACAGUCGAGGUGGGGUGCAGGGCAACCGUUUUGCAAUGGAAGGAUCGAAUCGAGCAAAAACACAAAGUGCCCCCUUCGUUGCGACCCAUGGCAGAGAUGGCUUCGCCUUUCCUCGAUUGCCCAGUCUCCAUUCAAUCUAUUCACUUGGAUAUAGACGACAAGGAUAUCACUGGAUAAUCGCCACUUAAAUUCGCGAUGCACAUACUCGCAGUAUUGCUUUUCGGCGUCGUCUUCCCAGCAUGCGCGCGCUCAGAGAACCGCUUCCGCCGGCCAUCGGGCCCGGGUCCGGCGGGAGACUUCCGGGAUAACCCCGUCUACACCCUCGGCGACAACAUUGAUCUGCAGUGGGAGAUGGACCUCAAGAACAUCGACCUGAUCUUGUGGCAGCAGCAGCCAACAGGGAAUAUCAAGGGGCCCUAUGCCAAGCUCGCAUUACCUCUAUCACCUAUAGAUUUUGGUUAGCCACAAGUACCAGCAGUCUCCCUUAAUACAAAGAGCUACAUUGUAGUCUAAGUAGCCCUUCCGCGUC